AUGGACGGGAGAGGCCAAUAUAGCUUCCCUACAGGAACAAAAUACGUAGGAGAAAUGAAAGAUGGAGUAUUUCAUGGUGAAGGAACGCUAUAUUUUACUACUGGUAGUCGUUACACAGCUACUUGGAUUAAUGGCAUUGCCGUUAAUGGAAAAUAUACAUUCGAAGAUGGAUUAGAUUACGAUCAGACCGAGUGGUUAUACUGUGAUGGAUACGAUAGACGUUUCUACACCGAAAUAUGUAAUGGACUCAAACCUGCAGGGCGCUCUCAACUGACCGAUAACGAGCCUCCACCAAGCAUACCUGAAGGUUGCUAUGAUUGUGGAGAUGGAUUUUAUGAUCCUAAAACAAGAGUUGUAACCGAUUACGAUGGAAAGUUCUUAAGAAAUGCAGAUGAUGCUGAGGAUGAAUGGAUUAGGUCGAAAUGCCGUAAAGGCUGGGAUGAAUUCAUUGGCUAUCGAUCGCAAUAUGGUUUAUAA